CAUUGCGCAGCCCGCUGUUCUGUGUAGUCUUGUGAGAUCCACGUCAACCUCCAACUGCACCGUCGCUCUCCCGUCUCCAGCUGUCCACGAACAACAGCACCCGGCAGCCGCCCGAUCGAUUGUCGCACGCAGUAGCGCGUAGACGAGCUCGCGCUUAGCAGCAUUGACUUGCCUUCCGCGAGCGACGUGCGUGAUGACAACCUCACUUCUGCAACCCCAGGGGCGACUGUCGCCAGCGGAGACGCUGGAGUUGGCGCAGCAAGCUCCCGAGAUUCUGCGGCGCAAUCCCAAGGCCAUCUCGACUUCUCCCCUGCAAAUACUCUUCUCCGCCCCCGAGACGGCCGAUCUUUGGACUAUCUACGAGAACCUGCUCCUGUCAUGUCUUCGUGCAGGCGACGACACGGCUGCGCACCAAGUCUUGGAAAGAUUGGUGCUUCGAUUCGGCGAAAAGGACGAGCGCAUUAUGGCUUUGAAGGGAUUGGUGAAGGAGACCGAGGCUGUGAACGAUGAAGAGCUGCAAAAGAUACUCGACGAGUACGAUUUGCUGCUAGAAGAGAACGACACCAACAUGCCCGUUUACAAGCGAAAAAUCGCGCUGUUGCGCUCAAUGGGGAAGAACACCCAAGCCAUCACGGCGCUGAACGCCCUCCUCGACUUCAGCCCAACGGACUCGGAGGCGUGGGCGGAGUUGGCGGAUCUGUACCUGUCCCAAGGGCUCUACCCCCAAGCCAUCCAUUCUCUGGAGGAGGUGGUUGUGCUCGUUCCGAAUGCCUGGAAUAUUCAUGCCCGACUGGGCGAAGUUUCCCUGAUGGCUGCAAACACAACCACCGACGGCUCUGCUCAGAGGUAUCUUGCAGAGGCCCUGAAACGUUUUUGCCGGAGCGUCGAGCUGUGUGACGACUAUCUGCGUGGUUACUAUGGCUUGAAGCUGACUACCGACAAGCUGUUGAGUAGUGUGGCGAAGGAGAAGCGGCGAGAGUCGGACGGAUUCUCCCUUCCGGAACAGGCAACGAUUGAGAAGCUGAACCAGGCGGCAACUGAAAAGCUUGGAGAGAUUGUCCGCCGGCACGGAGCCCGGGAGAAGCUCUGGCAGGGGUAUGACGCAGGCGAGGUCGCCGCCGCCCGCGAGCUCGUGGCCAAGUCAGCGCCCGAGUUGAUUCGAUGAGGGCAUCUGGUAGUGGACGGGGAGGGUGUGAGGAUCCAGUGACGGGCCCACGAUGCUGGCUUGGCUGUGCCUUGUCAGGGGUAAUUGUGGGUUGGAUGAGCGGGACGGGAUGCUACCGGCCGAGGCAAGAGGAACGGGCCCUUAGCGUGCGUGAAAGACACGACGGGAAGGUUUGCAUGCGGAAGGGGGCGGUGUUGUUUCAUUGGAGCCUUAAGGCUGAGAGGCAGAAGCAUUGGGCAUCUACUCAUAGGUGAGGCGUGGUGAGCGGUGGGCCAGCAACGGGUUUUACAUGACUGCUACUGUGAGAGGUGCCGAACGGCUGGCCAAGCGCAGGGACCUCGAACACGCCACCUGGGAGGACGGCGCGAUGCGGCGUUGAAGACGCGAGUCCCUUUGGGCACGAAUCAGCGGGAUCCGGUCUCGUCGGGUUGGGCAUGGAGCGAGUCUUGGGCCCGGGCGUGGAGAUAGCAGCGGCGUGAAGGCGAAGACAGUGCAAGGCGCGGCGACUGUACUUGUUACCCUUGGGCAGACGUGGAAGAGAAACACGGCACACGGAGCACAGAAGUACAUAAAGUUUUUGUUUGUUUCUUAUAAACGACGCAGUCGGAGAU